AUGUUGGAUUUGGACGAGGAGUAUCAUACCAUCAUGCAAUCAAAGAUUAAAGAGUUCACCAUUGGCAAGGACCGAAAGAGAUUCCAAAUCCACAUGGCAGUAGCUUGCUUGUUUCCAGAGGAGAUACUCCGGUCCCCUACCCACCUUGAAAUGGAUGAAAUCGUCUUUGGCCGUUGCUGUGAGUUUGUAUAUUCGGGUGACUACUCCGUCCCAUUGCCGAACUCCAGCCACUCGGGAAGCCCUGUCGAUCAACCUGGCAACAGCAAUGGCAUAUUUCAGGAAAUCGAACUUCGAUUGAAUCCUACGAAUCUGACAGAAAAUAUUUUCCAUCCAACGAGAGCAUCUCAACCUCACGCCCCCUACGUUGAGCGAUGUGACCCAGUUCCCUGGUAUGAAGCCGGAGUUCCUUUGAACACUGAUCCUGCAGUCGAUUAUUCAGCGGUUUUUCUUAGCCACGCGGAAAUUGUACGCUUCAGUUCCAGAACCAAUUGGGCUUCGCUACAUGAUCGGUCCCUCUAUUGGCUUCAUUAUAUAGUAUGGAAUGUAGAAAUCCUUAUGCGUGAUGCGGACUUUCGACAACUGCUCGACAGAGUGCCAACCUUGGAGAAAGCCGUUUUUCGUUCUAUGUGGAAAUGCGCAUCUAUUGUGCCUGUACUGCAUGGGCUUCUCAAGGCCAUGGCGUCAAGGCUUGUGAUACUAGCGCCGCAGCAGUCCUUCCCUGCAGGAGAUUGUAAGGUCCAGUGGCUCAGUACCGAUUUGGGAACUCACGAGCAGAUCAAGCCUUCCAGAAGGCCUGCGUUUCGAAGAGGUGUUUCCCAUUACUCUAUGCUUCUUAUUUGUAUUGAGAUUUCAGGACAAUCCUCACGUGGCUAUUCUCCUCACAAGAGGAUUAUCAUGAGAGCCAUUCCAUCCUGGCAGACUCCUUCUGGUCUGAUACUUCCAUGUCCCAAAAUAACUUAUGAUCUUUCGCAUAUUAACUUAUUUCCGGAAGAUUCUACUUGA